GUAUUUUGCAAAUUAUCCCUAUUUUUGUUUGAUUAAAAAAGAAGAAUUUACUUUCCCGUCUUUCUGGAUUUUCUUAAAUUUUAUUCAACUUUAUUGAAUGACAUUUUUGAAUGACAUUUUUGAAUGAUUUUCGUUUCCGUCUUGCAGGUUGCCCUCAAGCUGGUGUACCUUUCGAUCUUUGCAUUAGUCACCAACUUUUUGGAGUAUUAUUGCUGGAUGUUUACGGGAGAGCGGCAAUCAGCUCGGAUUCGGAAGAAAUAUCUACAAGCCAUCCUGCGCCAAGAUGUUGGGUAUUUUGACGUUGGCACGUCGACCGGCGAGAUUAUCGAAAGAAUGUCGGGAGACAUUAUCCUUGUGCAGGAGGCAGUUGGAGAAAAGUUUGCGAGUGGGAUCCAUCUCUAUGCACAAUGUAUCGCUGGAUUCAUUGUGGCCUUCAUAAAGGGAUGGCUGCUCACACUCAUCCUUAUGUCGGCUUUCCCGCUGCUGGCGGUGAGCGGAAUGCUGCACAUGAAAGCCGUUCAAAAUAUGUCCGCCAGCGGUCAGCAGGCGUAUGCCGAAGCAGGAUCGCAAGCAGAUCAGACCAUUGGCGGGAUCAGGACGGUCCAAGCGUUUGUCGCCGAGCGACGGUGCAUCGAUUUGUACACCUCGAAACUGCAAGGGGCGUACCGCAACGGUGUGCAACAGGCGUUCGCGAACGGAAUAGGAAUGGGCAUGACUAUGUGCGUCAUGUUCUUCACGUAUGCGAUGUGCCUCUGGGUCGGAUCGCGGUUCGUUGCAGAUCACAGGCAUGGUUAUGAUGGUGGCAAUGUUAGUACCGUCCUCUUUGGGGUUAUUAUGGGGGGAAUGUCCCUGGGACAAGCCAGUCCCAGUAUCAAUAGUGUAGCAGCUGGCAAGGUUGCGGCGUACAAAAUGUUUCAAGUACUAGAAAGGAAGCCUGACAUCGAUAUCGAGGACACGUCAGGGAAGGUACUGGCCGAAGUCCGGGGGCAGAUUGAGCUGAAAGAGGUUGAAUUCACGUACCCGUCGAGGCCGGACGUGAAGAUCUUUGACGGGUUUAGCCUUGUCAUCCCAGCCGGAAAUACGGUGGCAUUGGUCGGGGAGAGCGGAAGUGGGAAAAGUACCGUGGUCAGUUUAAUCGAACGCUUCUACGAUCCACAACGAGGGCAAGUGUGUGUGGAUGGGGUAGACAUCAGGAGCCUGCAGCUGAAAUGGUGGCGGCAGCAGAUCGGACUCGUAAGCCAGGAACCUGUUUUGUUUGCAACAACGAUUGCGGAGAACGUGGCGUAUGGCAAGGAGGGGGCGAGUCGAGAAGAGAUUGUGGCAGCGUGCAAGAGGGCGAAUGCGCACGAAUUUGUCAAGAAACUUCCUAAAGGUUAUGAGACCGAAGUCGGAGAUCUUGGCACACAGCUUUCUGGUGGACAGAAGCAGAGAGUUGCUAUUGCACGCGCCAUUCUGCGUAAUCCGAGAGUUCUCCUCUUGGACGAAGCCACGAGCGCGCUGGACACUCGAUCGGAGAAAGCGGUUCAGGAAGCGCUUGACAGAAUUAUGAGCGACCGCACGACAGUCGUCGUGGCGCACCGAUUGUCGACAGUGCAAGGCGCCGACUUGAUUGCCGUUGUGCAGAGGGGAAAAGUGGUUGAAAUGGGACGCCAUCAGGACCUCAUUGCCCAACCAGCAGGAGCAUACUCGGCACUCGUUCGGCUGCAGAAACGUCACGACGACGAGGAAGAACAUGAUGGGAGCGACGAGAACGGCAAAACAGCGAAGGCGGUGUUGACGUCACAGAUAUCGUUAGGAAUCGACCAACAAGAUUCUAUGAACAAUGCUUCCGGUGGUCGAGCAUCCCAGGAUUUCGGUCGCCCGGGCAGCGGAAAGGGUGGUGCAGACAGCUGGGUGUCGGGUUUCCUGAGUAGAAGGAAAAACACUCAAGGAAAGGAUGUUGAGAAGGGAGAAGCGAAAGGUGAUGCAAUUGAGAAAUUGCCUGAUGUGCCCACUAUGCGAGUGACGAAGCUAAGCCAUCCUGACUGGUUGUAUUCGGUAGGCGGUUUCAUUGGUGCGCUGAUUAUGGGCUUGGUGUUCCCGGCUUUCGGAAUUUUUCUUUCAGGGAUGCUGGAAGGCUUCUAUGGAGAGUCAGCCAGUAUCAGAAGGGCAGGCAACAAAUGGGGUGGGCUGUUCCUGGGUCUUUCUGUGCUGUCGUUUGCGGGUCUUGUAAUGCAGUUCGGACUGUAUGGAGUGGUUGGCGAGAGGCUGGUUCGGCGGAUAAGAAUCAUGACAUACUCGGCUGUUCUCCGGCAGGAAAUCGGAUGGUUUGAUGAGCCGUCGCACUCCAGCGGCGAAGUCGGUGCGCGGUUAUCGACAGACGCUACAUUGGUGAGAGCUAUUGUUAAUGCUCGGUUGGCUGUGAUGGUGCAGAGUGUCGUCUCCUUGGCCGCGGGGCUUGUGAUAGCUCUCGCUUACUCGUGGCAGCUAACACUUGUUGUUUUGUGCAUCGUUCCACUCUUGGCGAUCUCUGGAGUUGUCCAAAUGAAGUUCAUGCAAGGUUUCAGUGGGGAUGCGAAGGUGAUGUUCGAACAAGCAAGCAGGAUUGCCAGUAAUGCAGUUGGCAAUAUCCGCACGGUGGCGGCCUUCGGAUCGGAGCAGAAAGUUCUCAAGCUUUACAGUGAAAAGUCGGUCGCACCAGAGAAUGCUGGGAAGAAGAGGGCUUUUGUAAGUGGUGCUGGAAUGGGGUUUUCCAUGUUUGUCAUUUGCGCUGCGUAUGCUCUCACCUUCUGGUACGGCUCAAAGCUUGUCAGAGACAAAAAGAAUUCGUUCGGCGAUUUGUUCACGGUGUUUUUCGCGAUCGUUAUGAGCGCGAUGACUGCUUCGCAAGCCCAAAGUGCUGCGCCCGACGUCAGCAAAGUCCAGACCGCAGUGAAUUCUAUAUAUGCAAUCCUCGACCGGAAACCGAAGAUCGAUGCGGAAGAUGCGAGUGGUAGGGAACUCGCGACCGUCGCAGGAACCGUGGAGUUUGAGCACGUCCGGUUUGCAUACCCGAUGCGGCCAGAUGUGGUGGUCCUUAAAGACUUUUCCCUGCAGAUUCUUCCCGGAAAGACCGCGGCGCUUGUGGGCGAAAGCGGCAGUGGAAAGAGCACAGCGAUCAGCUUGAUGGAAAGGUUUUAUGACCCAGAUGCUGGAUGUGUUCUCCUUGACGGCCAUGACCUGAAGACAUUGCAGCUGAAAUGGUUACGGCAGCAGAUCGGUCUGGUCAGCCAGGAGCCGGUUCUUUUUGCCGUAUCCAUUCGCGAAAACAUCUUGUAUGGGAAACCAGAUGCGUCGGACGAGGAAAUUGAACGGGCAGCAAUGGCAGCAAAUGCGCACUCGUUCAUUACUGCACUGCCAGGUGGUUAUGACACGCAGUGUGGGGAGCGUGGGGUGCAGCUAUCGGGGGGCCAGAAGCAGAGGGUGGCAAUCGCGCGGGCUAUCAUCAAGGACCCAAAGAUACUGCUGUUAGACGAAGCAACAAGUGCGCUAGAUGCGGAGUCGGAGCGAGUCGUGCAAGAGGCGCUCGAUAGAGUGAUGGUCGGACGAACGACAGUGGUCGUAGCACAUCGCCUGUCCACGGUUCGAAACGCAGAUAUGAUCGCUGUAGUGAAAGGAGGAGAGGUCGUGGAAAAGGGAACACACGAGGAGCUUUUGGCGGUACCUGGAGGUGCUUACGGGAACUUGGUUAAAUUAAGCAAGGCAUCUAAUUAAGUGACGUAUCAAAACUUCAAAAACAGUCAAAAAAAACUUAACGAGUCUUUACGAGCAAGCACCAUGAUUCUUUCAAGGCAUAUUUGCACUACGAGGUUACUGGAUGUAUUUUUGUGCACAACUGAGACCAGAUUCAGGUAAAAGACGACAUAGUCUGAGCAUGACGAUACCCGAAGGCUCCUGUGGCAACGUACUUGGUCAAGUUAAGAAAAGCAUCGAAUUAAGCGCGAGGCGUUGAGUUGAAAAACUCGUGAAGCACCAUGAUUCUUUCAAGGUGCAUUCGCACUACGAUUUUGUUGGAUGUAUCUGUGCAAAACUGGGGCCAGAUUCCGUUAAAAAAAAAAACAGCACAUGUCUGAACAUUAAUCCUUGGAGGAGGAGGUGCCUUGAUUUUUUUGCACAGACUUUUUCUUGGGUCUUUCCACGCCAUGCGUGCGCAUACGGGCGGCAAUCUUGCAGGCAUAUGACGUCAAAAAAAGGGGGCUGUAGAGGGAGGAAGGUUCUAGAAACCUCGGGGAUGUGACGAGCACACAGCUCGUGUGUGUGAUGAUUGUGAUCGUCGUUUACCCAAGUGGCGCCUCGCUUCCUCGCUUCACUACUAAAACGUCCGAUGCUUAUCUGACGCUGUUAUGCGCCAGACACACUGCGACUGAUCAACUAUUUUGAAUGUGAACUUGGGAUCAUUUCCUGGUCCAGAUGCAUUUAGAAUGUUGUGCAGUGGAGCGAGGCCCAUGGUCUGUAUGCUCAGCGGUUGGACGCCGUCCAAUGCCAUCAUGCGCGCCUGACGCACAUGACUACUCGUGUCCUUUUUUGUUUGAGAAAGGUUGGUGGAAUGGAUGGAUCCGUGGAGAGGGGCUUUGGGGGUAGAAAGGACGAGGAGAGGGGAGUUGCAGACGUAAACACUUCGCUCCACUACUCAACAUGGGAUAUGUAUCAGUCAGAUUCAUUCAGGUCGGGCUGUACUUGCAGCCAGAUACAUUCAGGAAAGUCCCAAGUGUGACUAUUGCCUGAUGGAAGGGCUGGAUAGGAUGGAGGGCUGUGGGAGAGAGAGGGUGGAGGAGAGGGGAGUUGCAGACGUGGUGGGAGAAAGGGCGGGAGGAGAGAGGAGUUGCAGACAUGGAGUGACCGGAGGGAGAAAGUAUGAGAUGAGAGGGGUUGCGGACAAAGUUUUGCUCACAGCACACGUCUGCGGCCGACUGAUGGAAGGGAGGGACUGAAUCAAGGGAUUUGGGGGUUGCGGGCAUGGAUUGAGUGCUUCGGUGGGUGAACGGGUGAGAGGAGAGAGGAGUUGCAGACAUGGAGUGACCGCUUUGGCUGGCGGGAGAAAGUGCGAGAGGAGACAUCUGCCGAGCCUGUCACUUACAGAGACGAUGGUUGGCCACUUUGCGCAUACAGUAUAGGCUAUUAUGGGAUCUAGAAUUACAAUACUAUUAUACCUAUAGAUGCUAUUCCUAAAAUGGAUAUGUGAUCCUAGCCUCCUAGGUAAGUUUCCGUCUCCAUAGACUGGUGGAUGGUCGGCAGACUGAUGGAAGGGAUGGACUGAAUCAAGGGAUUUGGGAGGAGAGGGGAGUUGCGGGCAUGGAUUGAGUGCUUCGGUUGGCGAAAGGGCGAGAGGAGAGAGGAGUUGCAGACAUGGAGUGACCGCUUUGGCGGGAGAAAGUGCGAGAGGAGACCGCUGCCGAGUCUGCUCGCUUAAAAAGACGAUGGUUGGCCGCUUUGCGCGUACAUUAUAGGUUAUUAUGGGAUCUAGAAUUAGAAUAUUAUUAUACCUAUAGAUUGUAUUCCUAAAAUGGAUGUGAUCCUAGCCUCCUAGGUGAGUUUCCAUCUCUGUAGACUGGUGGAUGGUCGGCAGACUGGGCAGGUGUGCUGCUCUUUUCAGUCAACUUCACUGCCGGAAAUGGUGGCGGUUCUCGGCGAAUUCCUUCACAUCCGAAGACAGGCAGACUGGGUGAUUUCGUACAGCAAUUGAGGACGUGAAUGCGCACGCAAACAACAUCGACAUAGAGGGAGGAGAAGAAGAGGAGAUGGCACAAAGGGGGACAUGAAUUGGUGAAUGGCCGGCAGAGACUCGGCAGUGUACUGCUCUCUUUUCGGUUGACAUCACUGCCUGGAAUGGUGGAGGUUUAGGGCAUCCCGUCAUAUCUGAGGACAGACAGGCAAGGUAAAUUCGUCAGGCGAUUGAGGACGUGAAUGGUCGUACGAACGACAGCGACGUAGAGGGAGACAAAGGAGAGGAGAUGGCGCAGUGAGCAUCGAAUGCCCACGCAACUGACAACGGGCGUUCAGCGUAAUGCUUUUGCUUCUCAGGUAUUUCUUUGCAUCCAAUGACGCAGGCGCACUGCGAAAUUCCAUGUGGCCACCGGGGACGACAACCAUGGCGGGAGAAGAAGCAGCGGGAAAUGGGCUGCACAACCAAAUGUGAAGUGGGGUUUUAACAUGGCGGGAGAAGAAGAAGAGUGAAAUCACUGAAACGACACAACCAAAUGUGAAUGCCCAUGCAAGCGACAACGGCAGCGCUGCAGAAAGCUGUCUUUGGGUGACGUCAUUGUCGGGAAUGGGGGUGGUUUCCGGGCAUUCCGUUGCAUCCGACACCGCAGGCACACUGGCGGGGUAAGUUUGUGCGGCCAUCGAGGAUGACGACGCAGAGGGAGAAUACGAAGAGGAGAAGCUGGAGCCAAAAGAAGGGAAAUGCGCAUGCAGAACACAACGACAGGGCACUGUGACUUAAGUGUGGGCGGGUGAACGUAGACAUGAUAGUGGCCAGGUUGGUGCUUUUCUAGCAUGAACAUAACACCAUAAAUAUAAUUGCGGCGAGGUUCAUGCUUUCCUAGCAUGAACAUAGCACCAGGGGGAAGAAGGGGACCUGCGACAGCGUGUGGAGAACAUCACCCUAAUAGUGGUCACGUGUGGGGAACAGAAUCCAUCCUAAUAGUGGUCACGCGAGGGUCCUGCUUUCCUAGCACGAACAUAGCACCAAGGGGAAACGGAGCUGACGAGUGACUGCCUGCAAGAACUGUGCACUGCAUUCGAUUGUGGGAGUCCAAUGAACACACAGCGCCAAGUUUGUGUUACACAGGAUGAGAAGGUUGACUUGAAGAUAUAGCACAAGCAAAGUCGAUGCUGAUUAAGGGUACAGUCAAACGGAUUUGACUACAGUGAAACGGAAUCUCUACCGCCAAAGUCGAAAUGGAGGCCGUCACAGUUACACAGAGUUGCUCACAGUUGAGCUGAGUUUACCGCAGUCAAACGGAGUUGAGCGCAAGCAAACAGGUGAGUCCAAUUGUCGCUAAAGCCAAACGGAAUCUACGAUAGUCAAACGGAGUCUGUCAAACUCAAACGCAGUCGUCAAUCUCAAGCUGAGCGCAAGCAAACAGGUGAGUUCAUUAGAGUCAAACGGAGUUUGUCGCUAAAGCCAAACGGAAUCUACGAUAGUCAAACGGAGUCUGUCAAACUCAAACGGAGUCGUCAAUCACAGUAAAGUGGAGUUUUUACCGCGGUUGCAUGGCGUCGAGUUGAGGACAGUCAAACAAAUGAGAGUCUAUCAUAGUCAAACUGAUGAGAGUCUACCAUAGUCAAACAGAUGAGUCUAUCAUAGUCAAACAGAGCUUAUCAUCAAAGUCAAGUGCAGGUUAUCAGAGUUCAAUGGCGUAGAGUUGUAGACCAAAGUCAAACAUAGUUUACCAAGCACCGAAGUCAGUGGAGGUUAUCACAGUCAAAGGGAGGUUAGCACAGUCGACAGGAGUCUAGCAUGGUCAAACAAACGAGUCUAUCACAGUCAAACGGGGUCUAGCAGAGUCAAACACAUGAGUGUGUGUCGCAGUCAAAGAACAGUUUUAAAUCAAAGUCAAGUGCAGGAUAACAAAGUCAAACGUCGUUGACCAAAGUCAAACAGUCCACCAACAAACUCAGUAGAAGUUAUCACAGUCAAAAAAGGUAGUUUACCGCGGUCAAACUGAGUUUAUCAUAGUCGACUAGAGUCUAGCGCAGUCAAAAACAGGUGAGUUUGUCACAGCCGAACGGUGUCCAGCAGAGGAGAGUGGAACAGACUAAGACUGUUAUCACAGGCAAACUGAGGUUGUCGUUAAAGGCAAGUGGGAGCCUACUAAAGUGAAAUUGAGGCUAUCAUCGCAAAGUUGCCGCCGCUUGCGAAGGGCGGGAUUGGACCCUCCUGUGACGAACGGUGGUUGCCGCCCCUCCAUACAACCCGGCGGGCUUAGCUCACCGGGCCGAGGGGUUUCGGCUGGCGGGGGGAUCGGUGGUUUAAACUUUAAAGUGAAAUCGAGGCUAUCAUCGCAGUCAAAUCACCUCUGUCAAAGUCGACCGGAGUUCUACUAUCACACAGUCACGCCGAGGCAAUCGCAGUCAAAGUCAAACAGUUUAAACUCAUCCCGAGUCCUGACUGCACUGUAGCAAUGAUGCGGCCGACUGGAUCGCAAUGGCUGCCAAACAAGAACAGAAGUGCGCCGCUGGCAGUUUGGAAAAGCUUGGCGCGCAGUAAUAAGGCGCCGCCAGGGCGUCUGCGUGUAUUUUUGGAGGAGUUGGGAAGGCAACCGUGAGUGCAACUGUGAUCUGGACAAUGCUGAUGAACACAGUUGGGAUCCUGACGAAUAGAUGUGGCUGCAGAUAUGACCAUCGGUUCGAGUCGAGCAGGAAAUCAAUCAGUUCACACCAACCCGCACUUACUUUUUUGCGACUUGAGGAGGCUGCAGCGUGGGAGGAUCUGACUAGCGGAUGGGUCCAAAAACCGAGAGAGGAGGAGAGGAUUUAUUUACACUGAGCGAGUGCAGUUUUUUUAUGAGACAUUUCGAGCGAGAGCUGCACAGGACCUUCUGAGCGAGAGCGGCAGUUCUACAGGACCUUCUGACUGAGAGAGAGCGGCAGUUCUACAGGACCUUCUGAGCGAGAGCGGCAGGUCUACGAGGAUUUGCUGGAAUUGAGGAUGGGUGUUCGAUCCUGCCUGCCGCAAGGAAAUGUGAUGAAAUGUGUCAGAAUUAGCAGAGACGUCUGACCGGAUUUAGCACUGGCGCUCUCUUCAACAACAGGUAGAGAGAAGAUGUCGACUGCAUUGAGGGAAGCAAAGGAUUUUUGUGACACAGGAGACUCUGAGCUGAGUGAGGGGUGUAUUAUGAUCCAGCCUGCAAGGGAAAAUCUGUCAGAAAAAAUAUGUCGGAGUAUGCAGGGAUUUGUGAGCUGUUUUAGCGGUGGCAGUCUUCUCAACAACAGACAGAGAGACGAUGUUGACUGCAUCGACGGAAGCAAAGGUUUGUUUGUCGGGAUUUGCGGCACUUUUUCAUGACCCGGACUGAAAAGAAGGUUUGUUUGUCGGGAUUUGCGGCACUUUUUCAAGUUUUUCAUGACCCGGGGACCAAUUCCUCAGGGUCUUUGAUCCUGCCUGCAGGGAAGAAUGUGUCAGAAAUAUGUCAGAGUAUGCAGGGAUUUGUGACCUGUUGUAGCGGUGGCAGUCUUCUCAACAACAGACAGAGAGACAAUGUCGACUGCAUCGACGGAAGCGAAGGUUUGUUUGUCGGGAUUUGCGGCAGAGUCUGAGCAGAGGGUAGAAGUUGGAAGUUGGAGAUAGAUCCCGACAAACAUGUGGAAAGUGAUGGAGACGUGGUUCAAGAAUAUUCUUUCUGAAAAGAGGAACAUGUGUGUGGGAGGAAAGAGGAGGAGAGGAGGGGAGGUGUAAAAAGGGGGUGGGGCGGACAAUGUGUGGUGUACAGAUUUGUGUGGCCUCUCUAUCCUGAACGAAUGUUCUCAUAAUUUGUUAAUGGAAUGUUUAAACAUUU